AUGCGCUAUUGCCCGCACGCCAUCCGCACGCUCGACUGGGAGCUCCUCGCCAAGGCGCACAACGACCCGUUGCUGUGUGGUAACCAGUCCGUCGUUACAUGGUGCGCCGUGGAGCAGCAGCGGCGGAGGGCGCAGGGGGCAGGGGCGGGCGGGGGGGGUGAGUGGGUGCUGGGGGCGGAUGAGUGGGGGAGAGUGGCGCUGGUGGCGGAAGGUUGGGGGGUGGAGAAGGGGGAAGGACAGAUAGGAAGCAGCAUAAAGGGGAGCGAUGCUGGGGUUGGUGAGGCGGGAAAGGGGGGACAGCAGGCGCAUCAGCAGCAUGAGGGGCAGGUGGAUGGGAAAGGGCAGAGAACGCGAGCGCAGUUACACCACGUGCAUCACAGCACUCGCCCCGGCAGAAGGAGGCCCCGCAGGCUGCUGCUGCCUGUGCGCCUGCUCUCCCCCUCCUCCUCACUGCACCGCACUGCACCGCUCGCCCACAUCCCCUUCGCGUCUGCCACGUCAGCAGCCAUCGCAGCUGCCACGUUGGCGUAUCGUCCGUCCUCCCCUCCUUCCUCCCCCAACUAUCUAUCUACUUCCCCUGCUCUCUUCUUCCCCUCUCCCCGCCCCUCUGCUUCCGCCCACUCCGCCCCUCCGUUCCCCGCCUCGCCCCCCCACCGCCCCUCCUCUCCGCCCGUCCCUUCCCCGUCCCCCUUCCCCCGGUCGCUAUCCCCCUCCGCAUCACCAGCGCCAGCGCCAGCAGCGGCGGCGACAGCAGGGGCUGCAUGCGCAGCACAUGGCGCCCCUCCCCCCCUCCUCCUCGCGGACUCCCCUUCUUCCCCCCGCCCUCCCUCCCCCCCGCACGCCACUUGCCAAGGGGACGCGGGGGUGGGAGUAGGGGGAGAAGCAGCGCGCACAGAAGGGGGCGGACGUGCGGAGGCGGUGUUAGAGGGAGACGCGGUGGAUCUGGAGUUGCUGCGCGCGCUCAUGGGGGGAGACGCGGGGGAAGGGGGGGAUGGGGCGGACGAGAGUCACGAGGGGGUUUGGGACAAGUUGGGAGAGAGAGGUUGGGGUGUUGACAUGCUGUUGCAGUUGGAGCAAGAAGGUGGGGAGUGGGAGGAUGGGGAGGUGGAGGAUGGGCGAGAGCGAGUGGUGGUGGCAGAGGGGGGUGCAGAGGAGGGGAGUGAAGGGGAGGGCGAGUUGUGGCAGCAGUUGGCGGCGCUUAUGGGGGGCGCUGGCGAGAAGCGGGGCUUGGCAGUGGAAUCGGAUGAGCUGGAUGCGGUGCAGAGCGGCAUGGAGGGGCAGCAUGCAGCGGAGGCAGAGGGGCAGGAGGAGCAGGAGGGGCAGGAGGGGGUUGGUGGCGGGCUGUCAUACAGGGAGAUGGCGCAGUGGCUGCUGCAGCACAGCACGGACGUGAUCUGGGAUGGCCAAGGGGAGGGUGAGUGCAAGGAGGAGGGCGAAGGGGAGGGGGGUGAUGAGGUAGGUGCAAGGCAGGAGGUCGGGGAGGAAGAGGCGCCAGGGGAGGCAUCAGCAGAGGCAGAGGCGGUGGAGGGUGCUCAAGGCAAGGCGAGUGGUUGGGGAGGAGCCGUACUGCUGGAGCAGCCUGUGCCUGAUGCUGAGCUGGCAGGUGCUGCUGAGCUCGAAGGUGUUGCUGAGGUGGCAGAUGCUGCUGAGCUGGCAGGUGUUGCUGAGGCGGAAUCUGGGAGCAGCAGCAGGGGCGGCAGUGGAAGGAAGGGGCGGAUGAGCAGUGUGGUGUGGGAGGUGGUGGGCGCGUGGGACCGCCUGCUGUGGGACGAUGAGCAUCACACGCACACGCACACGGCUGUCACACCAAGUGGUGCUGCUGCGGCAGAGACCUGUGGCGCACCGGGCAAUGCUGCUGCACUGGAGUUGGGCGCUCAGAACGAUCCGGCCGCAUGGGAGGGAGAGGCGGAGGGAGGGAUGGGGGACAGGACGAGGGGUGCAAGGAGAGGUGCAGAGGAGGAGGGCGGAGAAGAGGCAGCGGUGCUGCAGCUGUGCUCGCUGUGGGCGCACCUCCACACGGACCUGCGAGAGCGAUCCCGCACCUUCCACCGCCUCUCCCUCUCCCUCUCCCUCUCCCCCGCCGGUGCCGCCGGGCCUGCCGCUGCUGCCGCUGCGAACCACUCUCUCACCAGCAGCACCGCUCUGCACCGCACGCACAGCUGCAUGGAUGCGUGGUCGCCAGAAGCAGUAUUGGUAGAGGUGGAGAGGUUGCAGAGACAGUGUGAGGCCGCGGAGAGGAGAGGCAGAGGGGGGAGGGGGGACGGGUGUGGGGAGACACUGGGGGUGAUGCUGGAUGGGGAGGUGCAGCUGGAGGAAGCUGCCAGGAAGGAGCAUGAGCAGCGGGCGGCAGUGAUGCGGGCGGUGCGGGCGGCGAUGGGGCGGGGGGAGAGGCUGAGGCUGUACGACCAAUGGGGGGUUGACAGGUGGCAGCAGAGCCGGCUGCACACGAUAGUGUUUCAGCGGCUGUGGAACGAACCCAUGCGGUGUGCGGAGAGUGCAGCUCUGGUCGCCAAGUUCCUGCCCUGA